AUGGAUGUGGGGAGUACAAGUAGAAGAAGAGGAAGUGCUCCAAAAACAGGCUCUAUUUGGGAGAGCAGAAUGAAAUCGGAUCAAGUGAAAGGUGGGAUAAAAGUGUUCGAUGCCACUCAAGAAAAUUCUGAUGAAAACAAAAUCAGCAGUGUUAUUAAUACUGAGGUUCAGGAUGAUGUAAAAGUGAAUAUGAAGCCGAAAAGGAGUCCUGUGGGGGCGAGUGGGAAGAGAAAAACUUGGAAAUCAGAGAGUUCUGAAGGAAGCCCGCUUCAGAUUGCAAGGCAAAGAUCUGAAUUGGGGAAGAAUUUGGAUGAACAGUGUAAAGAAUUGACCGUUUCUGUUGAUGGGAAUGGGAAUGGGAUCAAGAAAAGCCCAGCUCAGACUAAAAAAACAAGAUCUGCAGUAUCAUUGCAAAAGGGGACUGUUGAGCAAUCUGGUGAUGCAAUUCAGAAGAAUACAAGUCAAUUACGGAAAGUGAAGUCAGAUUCCAAUGCGACAUUGACUGAGAGUAAAAUUGAAGGGAAUUCUGAACUGAGGAAGGGGAAAUCUGAAUCCUCUGAUGGGAAUGAGAAUGUAAAGAAUUCACUUCAACUCCAGUUAGUAAAGGCAAAAACAGAAGCACCCAAGGAACUGGAUUUAGAGGGCUCUUCUGAGGGAACUGAGAAGAACCCAACUGGAAUUAAUCAGUCUGGAUCUGAUCAAGAUUGUAAAGAGCUAAUUGUCUGUGAAGAAAAGGCGAUUACGAGCAAUUUGACCAAUGUCAAAACACCGUCUGAUGAUGAUUGUGUUGAAGGUGAAGGAGAAGGAGAAGGAGAAGGAGAAGGAGAAGGAUUAGAAGAAGAAGAAGAAUGGGACGAAGAAGACACUGAUAAGGAAAAUGAAAAUGAAAAGAAGAGUCUUGAUAUUAAGGAAAUUACUGUACACGAAUCAAAUCCAAAGAAAAUUGUGAUUGAGGAAAAGAAAUUAGAUCAUGGCAAUGAAAGAUUUGUGCCAAUUGUGAAGAAACAAGCCCCUCCUGCUGUAAAUCACGCCAGAAAAAUUCAUACAAGUCCAACAAAAACCAAGCCAAGUCAAGUUGAAGGCGAUUUUCAAAGAACUCCAAGAUCCCAUGGCAAAUUAGAAAGUUUUGUUGACUUGGUCAUGUGGAGAGACGUGUCAAAAUCAGCGUUUAUCUUCGGGAUUGGAACAUUCGUUAUCAUUUCAUCUUCAUACACGAAGGAUUUCAGCAUCAGCUUUAUCUCUGUGGUUUCCUACUUGGGCCUUGUGUAUCUUGCUUCAAUCUUUCUUUUCAGAUCCCUAAUCAGAAGGGGUGAAAUUGACAGAAGCCAAGAUUAUGUAGUUGGGGAAGAAGAAGCAAUUUGGGUUUUAAAAUUGAUUCUUCCUUAUAUAAAUGAGUUCCUCUUGAAAUUAAGAGCUCUUUUUUCUGGGGAUCCUUCAACUACAAUGAAGUUGGCGGUGCUUCUGUUUGUUUUGGCGAGAUGUGGCAGCUCCAUAACCAUUUGGAAGAUGGCUAAACUGGGAUUUUUUGGAGUAUUUAUCGUACCCAAAGUCUGUUCAUCCUACUCUGCACAGUUAACUGCAUAUGGUACAUUUUGGAUUCGACGAUUUCGUGAUGCUUGGGAAUCAUGUUCUCAUAAGAAAGCCGUAGGAUUUGCCAUCUUCACACUUGUUUGGAACUUGUCAUCAAUGGUUGCCAGAAUUUGGUCAGUGUUCAUGUUGUUUGUGGCCUUCAAAUACUAUCAACACUCUUUGAUAAAUAACGAAUGGGCGGAGGAAGAAGUGAGAAAUGAAGAUUCUUGGCAAGGACAACAACAAGGGCGCAGAACCACGUUAACACACACGAGAAAGCAAAAGAAAACAUUCUAA